AUGAAGGACAUUCUAUCAAGCAGCCUAGCUAAGUAUUACCUACCUAGCGAUAACACUAACAUCACAGCUCAUAGCUUCGAUGGAGGUGUUAAUUCAACAGCAUAUCUACAUGCAACACGACAUACUAACACUCUAGUCAGCCAAUUCUUCGAACCUAUUGAUGUUCUAGCAUCUAAGCCAAUUAUUGAUGUUACACCUACAACUGUUUCAAUUACUGUGUUCUAUUACAUGGUACAAGACCGAGCAGCUCUCAACUCUAACACUAUCAAUGCACUAGGUGAAGUGCUAAGUACAGUAUGGGGACGACCAGUUGAACUACGACUAGUAAAGCUACACUAUCCAUAUCUAAACAGUGACAUUCUAGCCGCUUUCAUUGUAAAGAACCUAGAACACGAUCGAUUUGAACGAGUGGUUUCCAAGGUAUUUGGUGUAGCUACACCUGUUCGACAUGUACGAGCGGAGGAUAGCAAUCUACCAUCACACAUUAUCGGUAUUAAGAUUCGACUAGCUGGUCGACUAACUACUGAAACAUCACGACCACGUAUGACUGUACAAUCAGCACAAAUUGGUUCAUUCAAGAACAGUACUCAAACACUUAUUGAUGCAGGGCGAUGUACUACUGCAAACAAGAAGGGUGCACUAACAGUACAAGUAUGGAUUAGCCAACGAUCUACAGCCAAUACUCCCCAAAGUGUAAUCUUUUAG